CAGUGUGUAGUAUACAGUUACAUAUAGCAUUAAAGACAAUGCAUUCGUCUAUAAUAUUUAUUUGUUUAUUAUUAGCUUAUAAUGUUACCUCUCAAGACUGCGGUUUACUGCACACAAACCUUCCACUGCCCUUAAAGAAUCUUUUAUCCGUCGCAAGCCCAAUUCCUAUCACAGUCCCACCAUGCGGUUGCCUCAAGUCGUGUGGCUGUCCAGAACUAUACGGCCUCCUCCCCCCUACUGUACCCCCUUGUGGGUGCUUCAACCCCGCAAUCGGUCUACCCAACCCCGUGAUUCCAGUCCAAACUUGCGGCUGCUCUAAUGCUUUUGGAGCGUGUACCUGCGGCGCUCCUGUUAUUGGCAAUCUUUGCGGACGUAACACACCUACAGUUGGGAUAUCAACCACUUGCGGAUGCAGUGACCCUAGUGUGAGGAUUGUCGAUGGUUGUCCACGAUGCCAACCUGUGUAUAGCUACAAUCUUCCGUCGAUCGGGUACCCUGCGUGCGGUUGUACUGAGUUCGGUGGUGUUGUAGCGCCUAGUUUUCUGCCGCCGUGUGGGUGCGGUUGCGGGGCCCCUCUUGCUCCUUAUGGGGUUUGUGGUUGCGCGGCUCCGUCAUGCGCAUGCGGUUGCGGUGGAUGCGGUUGCGGUGGGUGCGGUUGCGUCGGCCCUUGCGGUUGCGCUCCCGUAAACGCUUGCGGUUGCGUAGAAGUACCUUGCGGGUUGCCUAAAGUGAAGACCACGUGUACUUGCGUGACCCCAACUAUUGAGACCCCCUACGGCUGCGCUCAGGGCAAACCCACUUGCGCUUGUGCUUCCACAUUGGAGGUUCCCACUUGUGGGGUCCCUGUGGUGCCUCCUUUCCCACCAGUUAUCGGGUGCUCCAGAUAUUUACGGCAGGUGUGCGUGCAGCCUCCAUAUAUGUAGUCCUAGAGUUUAAGU